AUGGAGUUCCUGCUGCUUCCCAGAGUCACGGGGAAUCUACCGUCAACGAAUAUGAAUACCAUCAAAUGGAAAAUUCCACAGGGUGUGAAUUUGGCAGAUCCGGCAUUCGAUACUUCCACCUCCGUAGAUUUAAUCCUGGGCAUCCAACACUUCUUCGCGUUCUUCAUACCUGGUAGAGAAGUACAGCUAGGAGAAGGACUACCCAAGUUAUCCGAAUCGGUGUUUGGAUGGGUGGUGACCGGUACCGUGGUCUCGGCUGGUGUCUCCUCGUAUCGUUGCAAUGUUGCUUCUACUGUUAAAUUGGAGGAACUGUUGGAAAGAUUUUGGUCGUGUGAAGAAGUUGACAUCGCAAACAAUUAUUCUCCCGAAGAGUCACGUUGUGAAGAACAGUUUGUACGUUCCGUUAAAAGAGGUUCUGAUGGAAGAUACAAGGUCUCUCUUCCGAAAAAUGAGGAUGCUUUUGCAAAAAUAGGCGAGUCAAGGGACAUCGCCCUACGGCGUUUCCAAGGAUUGGAGCGCAGACUUUCAAAUGACUCAGAUCUGCGCAACCAAUACAUCCAAUUUAUGGAGGAAUAUCUGCACCUAGGGCACAUGCGCAAGGUGGACGCUUGCAAGGAAAUUUCAAUUAAAAGAUGCUUCCUCCCACAUCAUCCGGUGAUAAAGCAAACAAGUUCAACUACAAAACUUAGGGUGGUAUUCGAUGCGUCCUGUGAAACUUCCAGUGGCAUAGCUCUGAACGACGCACUUUUGACAGGACCGGUGAUACAGGAAAAUCUUCGGUCAAUUAUUCUGCGCUGUCGUACGAAGCAGAUAAUGUUGGUGGCUGACGUCGAAAAGAUGUUCCGUCAGAUCAUUAUGGACGAAAAUGAUAUGUCGUUUCAGAGUAUUCUGUGGCGAACCAAUACUGAGGAAGAGAUUGGAACGUACGAACUGUCCACUGUUACAUAUGGAACGAAACCGGCUCCAUUCUUGGCAACACGUACGCUCAAACAGCUAGCAGUAGAUGAGCAAACGAAUUUUCCACAGGCAGCCAAAGUUAUAAAUACAGAUGUCUACAUGGAUGAUGUACUGACGGGUACAAAUGACGUCAAUGAGGCGGUGAUUUUGAGAGGUCAACUUGAUGCAUUAUUAAAAAGCGGAGGGUUCAGGUUGCGGAAAUGGGUUUCCAACUGCGAUGAGGUGAUGCAAAGUGUACCGGAGGAGGAUCUAGGUUUGGAAAGACAGGAGCAAAUUGAACUCGAUCCAGAUCCAGCAGUUCGGACAUUAGGAUUGAUGUGGUCUCCUAAAAACGAUGUACUGAAGCUGCAGUUUCCGAUACCAGGGGUAUAUUCAGACGAUAUGAUGACAAAGCGGAAGAUUUUAUCGAUUAUUUCGGGAUUAUUCGAUCCGCUAGGUCUUGUCGGUGCAGUAAUCACAGUAGGGAAGAUGUUCAUGCAGCGGCUGUGGAAAUUGAAAGAUGAAAAGGGUAGAAAAUUGGAUUGGGAUAACGUAAUUCCAUCAAGCAUAAGCAAGGAAUGGCAUGAAUUCCACAGACAACUUCCAAUUCUAAACACUAUAUCGAUCAAACGUUGUGUUUUGAUACCCAAUCCGAACGUUAUUGAACUUCAUGUGUUCUCAGAUGCUUCGGAGAAAGCAUACGGCGCCUGUGCAUAUUUAAAGAGCUGCAAUUUAGUAGGAGCAACUCAAAUAAUAUUGUUGUCAUCAAAAUCGAAGGUAGCACCCAUAAAAACCCAAUCCAUCCCAAGACUGGAAUUAUGUGGAGCAUUGCUAGCAACGCAGCUGUCAGCACAAAUUCUAGCGGCCAUCAAACUUAACCCAGCUGUAUACUAUUGGACAGAUUCUACGUGUGUAUUGCAGUGGAUAAAGGCAACUCCUUCAACCUGGGCGACAUUUGUCGCAAAUCGGGUAGCGAAAAUCCAGCUGACCACUGAGAACCAUCCCUGGAACCAUGUUCCAGGAUGUCAAAAUCCAGCUGACCUCAUAUCGCGGGGUGUGCUCCCCGAGAAUAUUGUCAACAACAAUCUUUGGUGGAGAGGACCAUCAUGA